AUGAUUGCUACUCAAGAAAAGGAGGUGGAGGAAAACACGAGCAAAAUGAGAGAAUAUAUUCUGAAGAAGCUUAAGCUUGCAAAAGUCCCUGAUGAGGUGAUACAAGUCAUCGAAGUUAGCGAAAUGAGUGAUGUGGUCUCAUCUCCUCUGAGGUAUCGAUCUCCCGUCUCUUUACUAUGUGGCAAGAUUACUAAAGAAAAUGUGUGCGUAGCCGGAGACGCCUUCCACCCGAUGACCCCCGACUUAGGUCAGGGCGGUUGCUCGGCGCUUGAAGAUAGCAUUGUUCUUGCUCGGUGCUUAGGCGAAGCCAUCCGCGGGGAGGAUAAAGGAGGUAAAAAGGGAGAAUAUGAGAGAAUUAAGGAUGGAUUGAAGAAGUACGCCGAGAACAGGAGAUGGAGGGGCAUUCAGUUGAUUGUGACAGCUUAUAUCAUCGGUUUUAUUCAGCAAAGUGAUAACGCAUUCAUAGGCUUUUUGAGGGGGAAGAUUUUGUCAGGAAUAAUGGCCAAAACGCUGAUGAAGAGGGCAGUUCAUCCUAAGGUUUUUGGGUGCUACGGAUCCAAUUUUGGGUUUGUUUUUGGCAAAUUCCACCUCUACAAAGCACUUUGA